AUGCAAAAUGUUCCUUACCGAGAGCUAGUAGGGGGAUUGCAGUUCUUAGCUCAGUGUACUCGUCCGGACAUCGCAUACUCAGUGAACGCAGUGAGCAGUUUGUGCAGUAAUCCGGGUGAAACGCACUGGACAGCAGCCAAGCGUAUUCUAAGAUAUCUUCAAGGUACUAAAUCAAAAGGAUUGGUGUUUCGGAAGAAGGACAAUGCAUCGUUCGAAGGAUUCAGUGAUGCGGACUGGGGGAAUGAUCAAGAUUCGAGACGCUCGGUCACAGGAUAUCUAUUUCAGUUCGGGGAUGGAUCGGUUUCGUGGAGUAGCCGAAAGCAGCCGACUGUUGCGCUCUCUACUAUGGAGGCCGAGUACAUGGCUUUGUCAGCAGCAUCACAGGAGGCACUAUGGUGGCGCGGUUUUCGUUCGGAGUUGCUUGGCAGAAAGGAACCGAUAACUAUCCACUGUGAUAACCGUAGUGCGAUAUGUCUUGCAGAAAAGGAGAUUGGUUAUUCACCGAGAAGUAAACACAUUGAUGUGCGUCAUCAUUUCGUCAGAGAACAGUUGGAGAACCGCACCAUAGAGGUGAAGUACAUUAUGUCGGGUGACCAGAAGGCAGAUGCGCUAACCAAGCCGGUCGCUGGACAACUAAUGCCAGUUUUGGGAUUUCUUAAAUUCUCAGUUAAGGGGAGUGUUGUUCAGUGUAACUGA